AGGUGUUAGUGCAACAUUCGGGGGAAUGAAGACUAAAGCAGGCACGGUGACAGACAUGGAUGUAGGCACGGAGACAGACACAGAAACGGGCAUGGAGACAGGUGUGGAGGCAGGCACAAAGACAGGUGCAGAGGCGGGGACGGAAGUACACAAGGCGGCCACCUCAUCGUUCCAUGACACCAUACCUCCUCCUCCUCCUCGUUCUCCUAUUAGUCCAGCUGCUGACGUGGCGCCGGGACGCGGGCUCCUCUCAAUGCCCUCCAGCAGAAGGCAUGUGUUACAGGUCGAGACAAGGGAUCUGUCUUCAUCUCCAUCAUCGSGAUCGGCGGCUUCGUCGUCGGCUGCUCCGCCUUUGCCUGCGGCGGCUUCGUCGGCGGCCGCCCCGGCCGCCUCCGACCCGACUCCUCUGCCGUCUAAACUCGUUCCUCGCAAUCGGACUUUGUUUCCCUCGAGCCGCCUGGUGUGGUCCCACCCUGCCGUCCMUCCGUUCCUGCAAUCGUCGASCMCCAAGUAUUGGUGCCGCCCURCUGUCUACGACUUAGUSGUUGCUUCGCAGAACACGGCACUUUACGUCAURUUCUGGGAAGYCUGCUACUURAACGRCGAGCUCUCUCAUCAGCGCRAGUCAUUSUGGAAAGUCGAUCUCSGUGAAGUCGGUAAUGAAAGCCAUCCUCCUGAUGGGCWGUUGCUCAGCUACUGGUGGCCUUUCGGYGCGGGAAACGGUUCUGCUGUUGACACCCCAYUCAUCCAGUACGCUGGCCCAAAUGACACCGUUUCGAUGGCCGACGUUUGGGCGAURGAUGUGACGCGAGCGGGCGAUAGUCUUGUGCUCUUGUCCWCCCCAACAACGGGGGAGGACAAGUACUCGAAGAUUUUCGCCGUGUCCACAAACAACGGCAGUAGAACUUCUACCUCCCUUCCCUUAAGCGGCGCCUCCUGUCAAAUCUUCAAUCCGAACGGGACGCGUCUGUACGUAGCUCUUGGUAGUGMACCCAUUUCCRUCGWAAGCGCUCCUGUGGAGGAGUCCGGAGGGGCAGGGAUCCCGAUGGACGGCGCGGAGUGGACUGACGUGAGGAGAUUCCCUCMAGGGGGGGAUCCCGAUAUCAAGACCGUCAGCUUCAGCUCGCAGAGCUUUUCCUCGGACGAGCGCUGCCUCUAUUUCMUGGACCCCGACAACCUUCGUGUGUGGGGAAUCGAUCCCCUUACCUCUGCUGGYACCGCSCCCCCCCCCGUGCUCAUCGCGGGAUCCGGAUCGAGAGGACUGGGCGAUGGGGACGGACUCAACUCGUCCUUCAACAACUUGACGGACAUGGCCGUCACUCCCGACGGCUGCAACAUCUUCGUCGUUGAUUACUGGUACGGUUUGCUUCGCUGGCUGCAGCUGGACUCACCCUGCUCCGCGGCUCGCACGGUGCUGACGCUGGAAACUUUCCCAGCGGUGCGUAUCGUCCGGCUAGGUCAAUCCGGCAGCGACUACUACCUGUACAUCGGGACGGAAGACGGCUCCGUGACUGAGCUGAAGAUCAAUGCCUCUCAGCUUCACCCUUGUGCUCGAGAGCGGCCAUCGCAAGCCGGGAUCUCGGCGCCUUCGUCUAACCCGACCACCGCCCCCACGCCUGAUCCGAAUGCCCCCUCGCUUCACUCGAUCUCCCCCUUAUCUGCCUCUUCUYCCUCUCCCUCUUUCCGGUCUAGCGAGCCCUCUGCGGCUCCAACAAAGCCGAGAGAAACUCGCAAUCUAGCCCUAGUCGUAGCUCUCCCGGUCUCUGUUCUCGCAGUCCUUGGCGCGGCCGCUUGCGCAAGCUUCCUCAUAUUAUACAGCAAGAGACGGCUCGGCGGGCCUAAAGACGUCCAGGUGACGACCGACUUGAGGACGAACGGCAGCGGCGGGUCCACGAUUCSAACGACUCCUUCGUCGUCGGCGGUAGCUGGGGGRAAAGCGGARGGGCUUCAUCCKUCGCAGGUAAAGCAGUUCUCGUUUGCAGCUCUGUCCUAUUGCACUCAGAACUUCAGCGACGGCUACCGCAUCGGAGCCGGUGGGGCGUUUGGUAAUGUCUACUGGGGUUCCAUGGAUGACGGCAAGGCGUUGGCGAUCAAGGUCAUGACAGGCGAUCUGACAGAGGGGAAAAGGAGCAUGUUUCUGGCGGAAGUUAACACGCUCAGCAGAGUCCAUCACGCCAACCUCRUCCGGCUCGUUGGAUUCUGUCUCGAGGGCAAACGGUCGAUCUUGGUCUAUCCCUACUUUCCAGGGGGGAGCUUGUUCGCUCGUCUGCACGAGAGAGAGAAAGCCGUGCCGGSGAAAGCUUCGAUUCCGCCGCUGACUCUGGUGGAGCGGAUGUGCGUCGCCUUGCAGAUCGCUAAGGGCCUAGCCUACCUUCACGAGGGUGCCGACCCGCCUGUCAUCCAUCGGGACAUCAAGAGCAGCAACGUGCUGCUUGGCGAUGGCUCYGGGGAGAAGUUGCACGUGGUGGUGGCAGACUUCGGCCUCGCGACUAUGGGAGAGAGAGUGUUCGGCACGGAGCGUGAGUCGGUGGUGAAGACCUCGCACAUGGCGGGCACGUUCGGGUACAUGGCGCCGGAGUACAUGAUGGGAGGAAUUCUGUCGGAGAAGAACGACGUGUACGCUUUCGGCAUUAUCCUGCUGGAGCUGCUGACGGGCCGGAAGGCCGUGGCAAAGGCACCCUCUGGGGGGGGGUGGGAGACCCUAUCGGACUGGGCUAAGCCGUUGCUUAAAAAACUACACGUCGUUGGUGACGAGAUGGCGUACCAAAUUCUGGCCCCUUGCCUGCGUGAUCAGGCGGCGGGAUUCAGGUUCAGCCGUAUGGUUAGCGAAACGCUGCUUUUGGCCAGCGAGUGCAUACGAGAGGACGAUCAAGCCAGGCCAACGAUGUGCGGAUUGGUGGAGAAGAUAGGCAAUCUCCUCAAUGAAGCGCAGAUCAACGUCAGGCAAACGAAGCACUGACCGUUUUCAUUAAUGGCGGGAAAAGUGUAAUUGUAAUCUUCUCAUUGGUGGAUUCUCGUCGUGUCGAAACACGCAACGCCCCUCCCUUCACCUCAUCGGCCACAACAGUGCAUGACUGGAUCGAUGUGUGAAGAGUGGCUACCGUCCCCACGCCGCGGCUCAGGCAUGCCGACGGCAGGCACUUCCUUCUUUCUUCUCUCCCUUCGCUCAAUGUAACCCCGACUAUCUCGCGCUGAGUCGGGGGGAUGCUAAUAGCUAUAAAUUUUGCAAGCACAACAAAAUCGCUCUCUAAUCAGACUUGGGAAGGUUAAUGCGGUCAAAAGGAUCAGCUGACAAGUAGGAGGCGACGAAUAUGUGAGUUCCUAGUUGGGUGAUCUGAAGAGUUGGUUGCUUGAAUAGGAGAAUGAAAGUUUCACUUGGAG